CGCCUCCCCUCCGUCGGCCGUCCGAAUCCCCCGUUGCUUCGAUUUCCGGGUGCGGCUUCUAUCCUAAAGCCGAGGCACCUCUCUUCAAACGUGGCGUCGUGGGUUCUUCGCGCCUCGCCGGGGGUCUGCGCGCGAGGAUAGGCGCGGGCACUUCGCAGCCAACGGCUGGAGCCAGUCCUCGCGUACCGGGACCGCACUGGCACCUCUGACCCCACAGAGUUGGCCGACUUUUAAGCCCUCACGAUUGAGUCCCUGAUUCGCAGUCUCCAGGACUACAGCUCCAGAAGAGAGCACUCCUUCGCCCAUACCUGUGCCCCAUAGGCAUGCUCUGCCCUGUGAGGUGCAGCAUUUGACAAGUCAUCCAUACCCCACGUUACCACUUCCACCUUAAUUUCUGCCACGUCUGCCUUAAUUUCGUUCUUAACCUCCGUAAUUUGAGACCCCUCCCCCUCCUUCCAGAAGAGGUCUUUUUUUCCCCCCAGUUCUGUAAAAGAGGAGUUUUGGGCCCUUGCAGAAAGAUUACCUUUAAGACUGAACAUCUGUUUGAUAAGUAAAACAAGUUCAUGCUUACUAAAGAGUUUGUGGGCAAAGCGAAACGCAGUGCACAUAGGAAACUAUGGCCGAGCACGGGGCUCACAUCACAACUGCUUCUGUGGUGGAUGACCAGCCGUCCAUCUUUGAGGUGGUAGCACAGGACAGUUUAAUGACAGCAGUGAGACCUGCUCUUCAGCACGUGGUUAAGGUUCUUGCGGAAUCAAAUCCUGCCUAUUAUGGCUUCUUUUGGAGGUGGUUUGAUGAAAUCUUCGCCCUGCUAGAUCUCCUGCUCCAGCAGCAUUAUCUGUCUAAAACCAGUGCCUCAUUUUCUGAAAAUUUUUACGGCUUAAAGCGCAUUGUAAUGGGGGACACACACAAGCCUGAGAGAUUGGCCAGUGCUGGCCUCCCAAAGAAGCAGCUUUGGAAGUCAAUUAUGUUCCUGGUUCUUCUUCCCUACCUGAAAGUGAAGCUGGAGAAGCUGGUUUCUAGCCUGAGAGAAGAGGAUGAAUAUUCUAUCCACCCCCCUUCUUCCCGCUGGAAACAGUUUUAUAGAGCCUUCCUGGCAGCCUACCCAUUUGUUAACAUGGCGUGGGAAGGCUGGUUUUUUGUACAACAACUUCGCUACAUCCUAGGAAAGGCUCAGCAUCACUCACCAUUGCUGAGGCUGGCGGGAGUUCGGCUAGGUCGACUUACAGUUCAGGAUAUACAAGCUCUGGAGCACAAAGCACAUGAAGCCAGCAUGAUGCAGCAACCAGCCAGGAGUGUUGGUGAGAAGAUAAAGUCAGUUCUGAAGAAAGCUUUGGGAGGUGCUGCCUUAUCCCUCUCUACUGGCCUUUCUGUGGGAGUAUUCUUUCUGCAGUUCCUUGAGUGGUGGUACUCAUCUGAAAAUCAAGAAACCAUCAAAUCACUGACUGCCCUGCCUACUCCACCACCACCUGUACACCUAGACUAUAAUCCCGAUUCUCCUCUGUUACCCAAAAUGAAGACUGUGUGCCCACUGUGUCGCAAAACGCGGGUGAAUGAUACUGUUCUUGCCACCUCUGGCUAUGUGUUUUGUUAUCGCUGUGUAUUUAAUUAUGUAAGGAGUCACCAAGCUUGUCCCAUAACAGGUUAUCCAACAGAAGUACAACAUCUAAUUAAACUGUACUCCCCUGAGAACUGAAAGGGAUUAGCAUUUUAUCUCACAACAAAAUUAUUGCACUAUAAGGCUGAGAAACUGAUUUUCAGCACAGUACCUAGCAUCCUCAUCCUCAGUUCAUAUACAUGAACUUUACACCACUAGAGUUGACUUCUGAAUGACAUGUGUGUUAACGGUGCCAACACCACCCCCCCCAGUAGAAAAUUCACAUGUAACUUUUGACUCCCCCAAAACUUAACUACUAAUAGCCUACUAUUGACCGGAAGCCUUACCGCUAAUAUAAACAAUUAACACAUAUUCUGUAUGUUAAAACUAUUAUAUACUGUAUUCUUGCAGUAAUGUAAGCUAAAGAAAGUAUUAAGAAACUCAGUAACAGAAAAUACAUUUAUAGUACUGUACUGUAAAAAAUCCCCAUGUAAGUGGGCCCAAACAAUUCAAAUCUGUGUUCAAGGGUCAACUGUAUAUGGAUUCUUUAAAAGGAUAUAUCCAUUGAUUUAAACCUUUUAACCAGCUCUCUAGACUCCUACUUAGAGUUUAGCAAGCUGGUUAGAAUAAGAGAAUCAGGAUUGACAGGGGACAUGGAGGUCACUGUAGAGGAAGUAGAUGAAAGAGGAUAGUAGACGCAGCUUUUCCUUGAAGAACAAGCUGUAUAGAAGCUCUCAGGAAAAAACCAAGUUAGACCUCAUAAAGUGGGUGAUGGGGAAGCAGGCCUUUUCUUGAGAAAAGAAAGCAUUUAUCUGCCUAUGAGGAAGAGAUUUUAUCAGUUUGCAAACAAUGUGAAAUGUGGAUCUGCUCUUUACAGAAAUACUUAGAAAGGGUUUAGAAAAACAAAGCACCAGGACUCCUGGGUGGCACAGCGGUUAAGCGUCUGCCUUCGGCUCAGGGCGUGAUCCCGGCGUUAUGGGAUCGAGCCCCACCAGGCUCUUCCUCUAUGAGCCUGCUUCUUCCUCUCCCACUCCCCCUGCUUGUGUUCCCUCUCUCGCUGGCUGUCUCUAUCUCUGUCGAAUAAAUAAUAAGAUCUUUAAAAAAAAAAAACAAAAACAAAGCACCUUCCAUAUACUGUGAGCCACUUGUUAAGUAGCAUCUGCUAUAGUGUAUCAACUUUUAAGUAAGAUUCCUUUAUGAGCCAUACGUAUCUUUUCUUGGGAAACUGGUUAAAGAAAAAUAGGGGUUGAGGGUAUAUACAGAGCAGUCUGAAGAUUUCAGUGUGAAAGCAAAACUAAUAAGCAAUCAAGAGAUGACAUAAAAUACUGAUUUAACUAUGUGCAAAAGAAUCUUCUAAUAAGCUCUUCUUGCUGUUAAGAGUUUGCUAAACAGGCACGAAUUAUUCUGGCUAUUACUAAGUUUCUGUGAAACGCUUAAGUAAAUUUUAAGAAUAAAUGUUU